AUGGUCUACAACCACUUCAAGAUGGAGGGCAUUUAUCUUCUGCGGGACCUUCUCCGGCUGGGAGUCUGGUUCACGAGACUGGACCUCAAGGGCGCCUACCUCUCCGUCCCGGUGGACGAGGACUGUCGCAGGUUCCUUCGCUUCCGAUGGAAGGGACCCCUCCAGACUCAGGUAUCAGACUCGCUCUGCGAUCUCCUUGUUGGAACACCUGGGUUUCGUGGUCAAUCUGAAGAAAUCGGCGUUGGAGCCUUCCCAGACGGUGGAAUUCUUGGGUUUCGAAGUCAAUGCGAAAGGAUGCGUUCUUCGACUACCCUUGGCGAAGAUAGCGACCAUUCGGAAGGAGAUAAGGCGAAUAUUAUGACAAGACGUGAUUCCCCUUCGGACGUUGGCUCGCAUGAUGUUCUCCCUGUCUCCGGACGUGAAGACCGAACUGCGCUGGUGGCUCCUGCAUAUGUCCGCCUGGAACGGCAAGGCGAUAUUCGGACCAACCCCGGAUUUUGUGCUAGCAAACCAGCUGCCGGACUGCUGCGUCCUCCUUCGGACUGGAAACCCCUGCGAUCCCUCUUCCUCGAACUCGAGUAUCAGAGGGGCCCGUUCACCUUGGAUCUGUUCGCCUCCAGGACGAAUCACCAGACCCAGAGAUACUUCAGAAAAAAUAUAAUUCUCUUACCAAUGUUUUUCUCUCUUUCAUUAGAUAACAUGGAUUGCGGUUUGAUGAUACAAACCGUAGUUGACUGCAAAACUUGUGACCCGAAAAAGUUAAUUUGUGCGGGCGGUUCUAAACGUUGUCAAGAUGUUGUUAAGAGAUGCCAUUUGUGCUAUUGUUUUGAAGGGGUCGCCUGCAUCAAUUUACUGUAUCAUGAACCCUGUGCGUAUUGUGAAGGCUUGAAUGAAUGCAUGAUGGAUAUUAAAACAUGCGGAACACGCUAUAUAGAAGUCGAGGAGGAAGAUGAUAUCAUAUUUGAAUGUAGUCUGUAUUGGCAUGCCAGAGUGGAAAACCCAAUCAGUUAUAGCUUUGAAAAAGUCCAUGAAAAAGAAAAUAAGGUGUUGCUACUCACAAAUACACCCUACCUGAUGAAAAAAAGUGCUGGUUUUGUGGACAGAGGAAAUUAUAUCUGCAAUGCGGAACAGGGAGAACGUCUUCCACUCAGUACUCUAAAGUAUGUAGUAAGAGUGGUGCCAAGACAAGGACCAAAACUAUAUAUAACUCGACCACCACUUCCUCCUUUGGAAGGUGAAGAAGAAAAAAAACGUAUUGCUCACCACCGGAACACCAUAUCAUCAUCAACAACAACAACAAUAAUAACUUCAUCAAUUUUGGGGUCUUUCUUGAUACUUCUAAUCAUUGCUAUUAGCACUUACAUAUAUCGAACAGCAAAGCGAAAGGGGGAAGUGGUGUCAGAAAAGCAGAAGGAAUACGAUGAAGAUAUGAUGCAAUUAAUGUUGCACUAAUAUCACUGUAUUUUAGAGAUCCAAAUAAAAACUGUCCAUAUAAAAACUGAUCCAAAUAAUGGGAAUAGAAAUUACUAAUGAUCCAACUAGAAUGAUGGAACGUAAUUUGCUAUCCAUGCUGAAAGAAAUGAGUAAAACACGAAAUAAAUGAAAGAAGGUGGAGGUAUCAUGGUGGGGGAGAAUCAACAU